AUGACGCCACCAGGAAAGUGGGCUGGGCUUCGGGCCAGCAAUGCCUCUAUCCCCGCCCGUGCAGGCCCCUCGUUCCAUCGCUCGAGCCAGCAUCAUGGCACAGCCACCGAUUGCUUCACCUGCUUGACUAUCGAGCUAGUCGACACAAUGACAGCCCCUCCAGCCGAACGACCUCUGUUUCUCGCCGCCCAUCACACGCCAUUUGCCUAUCCUUCGCCAGCCUCAACUGUAGCUUCCGAUACGAGCUUGCCCUGGAGCUCCAUGUCGCCUCAUCAUGAACCCAUUGUCGCACAUCCACGAACCUCAACCAAGAGUCUUUCACCAACGGAACCGUCAUCACGCAAUGAAGAUUUCCGUUGGAUUACCGCCAACACUCCUGAUGGAUUCAAAAAGAAAGAGGUCAUGCAUGAGGUUCGCCAAGGAGCCAUGCUCAGUUUCUUAAAGAAAGAGAAGACAUCGGACGACGCUUCUAGGGCAGGCAGUGAAGUUUCGGACAGGUCGAGUUUUGAAGGUCGAGGUGCCUCCAAAUCGCGUUCCGGUGCAACGUCCAAAAGAAAAAGCAGCAGCGGGAAUAAGCAAAACUCGCACACCAAAUCUCCGAAGCCAAUCAAAAGCACCCAAGAGGCUCCGCGUCCUGAUACCCAGGUAGUGCGGGCAGGACCUCGCCAGUCUACUCUGCCGCAAGGACCUAUCGUCGUUCCUGUUAGGACAGACCAAGUAUACCCAUUCGACAUCUUUCCAAUGCCUCCUUUAGUAUCGAUUGGCGAGAACAUUGAUCCCUUCCGAACCAUGUUCCAGUCCGCCCAUCCCAACGUAUCAGUCACAGUACUGAAGCACCACUGCAGCAGAUAUUUCGGUACUGAGGGUUUAGGCAAACACUGGAUCCCCGCAUGCCUUGAACACCCGCACACAUUCCUCAGCACUUUGUAUAUGGCUUCCGCACACCACGACGUGAUCCAACGAAGUGAAGUGGAGAGCAUAGAGACUGCAGCAUUGCGGAACGAUGUCAUUAUUCUCGUGAGUGGGAAUUUGACUAAUGGCGCGGAGAGCGUGGCUGAUCACAAUAUCAUUGCGGUCAGCCAGCUCAUACUGGGUGAAGUGAUUGGCCGCAACGAAGGUUCCUUGUCGUACCACCAAGGCGGCAUUGAAACUAUGAUCAAACAGCGCGGUGGCCUAGAGUACCUGGGCAUGGACGGUAUGAUAGCCUCCGCAGUCUCGUGGGCACAUCUGGCGACCUCUGUCCUGCGGGAAAUGAGGCCAAAUCCCAUGUAUGUCAGGUACUGCGCCAGCAGGUCGUCCAAAAAAUACCCGCUCAACGUUGCCAUACCGGAGUCGCCACUCUAUUAUCCCCACGGCAAGUACGUGACACUAGAGAGGUCAACAGAAUGCAACUCGGACGCACAAAAGCUUCUGAAUGAAAUAAGAACGAUGAUUGAUGAAUUCAUCCACGAGUCAAGGCAAAGUCGGCGGAACGUGGAGAGGCUUACGAGUCUAUACGAUCGAAUAGCAUUUUGCCCACCUGUACAAGAACUUCGCAAGAACCAAGUCUUAAAAUCCGAGGACUGGAAGUACGAGGCCAUUCGAAUUACGGCUGUUGUCCAAGCAAAUGCCAUUUUCCAUCGGAUAACCCUGUCCUCCGCACUCACCAAUUUGCAAUCGUCAGGAAUGCCAUCCACACUCUACAGGACAUCAGCAGCCUCUCAGUCCAACGAAUCUCUCUUUUCGACCUUUGAUCCCCACUACUCAACACCAUUAACAGACUACUCAGUCAGCCCAUCCUACAGCACCUACAGCACUGCAAACACGACAGCUUCACAACCCGGCUUCCCAUUUCACCACUACCGCCCCUCAGCCUCAUCAACAUACUCGCACCGCCUCUCCACCUCUUCAACGUUCUCCCAACGCCCUUCCGUCUCCUCCCUCCAUUCAGGCUCCUCCGACGUCUUCCUCUUCCCCCGACCCACCACCACAAUCGCACAACCUAGCACUCGACCCGCCACCAACAUCCUCAACGACCUCAAAGAAGCUCUUGAAAGAUCAAACCUCUCCGAGUGCUGGUCGGAUAUGGCCGGCGUUCUCCUCUGGAUCGGUCUUGUCAUGGGCGCCGCGAGCAACAAGCACGAUAACAAGGUCCUGCGCCGUUACUUCUCUGCCACAACAAUGCGCACCUGUAUCAUGUUGUGCUUUGAGCAUCCCGAGGGUAUGCAUGCUAUCAUGCUGAGGAUGAGCGAGGUCGUCAAGGCGCUGGGUCAAAGUGGUACUGAUGAUGCGCAGUUUGCGGUUGCGGAUACCACGGGUGAUUGUGAGAGCGCGAAGAGGAAACGCCCGAGGGCGUAG